AAGGAGCGUGGAAGUGUCCCGCAGAAGAAGGAAGUGUCCCACAGAAGAAGGAAGUGUCCCGCAGCAAAAAGAAGAGUCCCACAGAAGAAGGAAGUGUCCUGCAGCAAAAAGAAGAGUCCCACAGCAGAAGGAAGUGUCCCGCAGCAAAAAGAAGAGUCCCACAGCAGAAGGAAGUGUCCCGCAGCAAAAAGAAGAGUCCCACAGCAAAAGGAAGUGUCCCACAGCAAAAAGAAGAGUCCCACAGCAGAAGGAAUUAAGUGUCUUGCAACAAAAAGAAGAGUCCCACUGCAGAAGGAAGUGUCCCGCAGCAAAAAGAAGUGUCCCGCAGCAGAAGGAAGCGUCCCACAGCAAAAAGAAGAGUCCCACUGCAGAAGGAAGUGUCCCGCAGCAAAAAGAAGUGUCCCGCAGCAGAAGGAAGCGUCCCACAGCAGAAGGAAGUGUCCCGCAGCAAAAAGAAGAGUCCCACAGCAAAAGGAAGUGUCCCACAGCAAAAAGAAGAGUCCCACAGCAGAAGGAAUUAAGUGUCUUGCAACAAAAAGAAGAGUCCCACUGCAGAAGGAAGUGUCCCGCAGCAAAAAGAAGUGUCCCGCAGCAGAAGGAAGCGUCCCACAGCAAAAAGAAGAGUCCCACUGCAGAAGGAAGUGUCCCGCAGCAAAAAGAAGUGUCCCGCAGCAGAAGGAAGCGUCCCACAGCAAAAAGAAGAGUCCCACUGCAGAAGGAAGUGUCCCGCAGCAAAAAGAAGUGUCCCGCAGCAGAAGGAAGCGUCCCACAGCAAAAAGAAGAGUCCCACUGCAGAAGGAAGUGUCCCGCAGCAAAAAGAAGUGUCCCGCAGCAGAAGGAAGCGUCCCACAGCAAAAAGAAGAGUCCCACUGCAGAAGGAAGUGUCCCGCAGCAAAAAGAAGUGUCCCGCAGCAGAAGGAAGCGUCCCACAGCAAAAAGAAGAGUCCCACUGCAGAAGGAAGUGUCCCGCAGCAAAAAGAAGUGUCCCGCAGCAGAAGGAAGCGUCCCACAGCAAAAAGAAGAGUCCCACUGCAGAAGGAAGUGUCCCGCAGCAAAAAGAAGUGUCCCGCAGCAGAAGGAAGCGUCCCACAGCAAAAAGAAGAGUCCCACUGCAGAAGGAAGNCGGGACGUAAACAGAGUUGCUGCGUGCCCCAAUGGUAAAUGGGGCUCCGAGUGCGAUAAAGACUGCACCUGCCUCCAUGGGGGAACGACGUGCGAGCGCGACAGCGGCGUCUGCUACUGCCCCGCCGGUUGGAUAGGCCAAUUCUGCCAGGAUCCUUGCCCUCAGGGCAAAUAUGGCCAGCUCGGCAAAAACGUGCACUACUGA